ACUAGUUGUUUUCCGGUUGCGGGUGCUGUGGCCGUCAAACUUGAAGGUUGUGUUGACACUUGACCAAAACAAUAGUUAGUUCGGGUUUUAAUUUGGGUAAUUUGGGCGAUUAGCAAUCGGUCAAUAGUCCACUAGCUGCUAAUAUGUGUUAAGCUUCAAAGACUGGGUGUGCCGCUUCCGCUUCUAGGUGACCACAAUGGCCUGCACGCUGGUGCUCGAGUGGAUCGACGAGUUCGAGUCGCUAACCGAAAGCGAAAUCCACACUUACGCUACUGAACAGGAGCAUAACGACGAGAUCAGCAUCGCCCUGUACAGUAUCCUGGCCGAGCCGCAGCGCUACAAGUCGGACAACCUGAUCGAGGGCAUCUGCCAGCAGCUGUUCAACUUCUACCGCUCAGGCGAGCCCCAGCUGCGCAAAUUCGCCGUCCAGUACAUCCCGAUUCUGGUGUUCCUGCACUUGACGGACAAGGCCUGCACUCAAGUGCAAGCGCUGCUGGUCAGCCUGUAUAACUUGGAGGUAGUGGACGUCAAAGGGCAGCCCUGCACGCUCUCCUUCCGCAUCCCCAGCAUAGCGCAGUCUUCCAUCUACCAUGACUCCAGCAGUCUGGAACGUGCCUUUAUAGUGGAGAGCUCGCUGAGGCGGUGGGAGGAAUGCAACACCAAGUUGGUUAGUUGGGGGCCGCUGCCCCAAGUCGAGACCCUCAACGCCCAAACCCGACAGCGUGUCGUUACCGCCCUGUUGUUCCUCUACAAUCAACAGCUCGCCAAUGUGAGCACGCAGGGGAUUGAGCUUACCUGCAGAGGCAUUUCUAGACUGGUGACGCAGGGGUUCAGUCGCACCUCCAGCAGUUCACGCAGCUCCAUCGCCAGCGACUGCAGCCUGCAGCAGCCGCUCUCCCUCAUGCCGCGGGUGCAGAUCUCGGGGCCGCUGCUGAUCGAGCUGCUGCACGUGGUCUAUCAUGGAGCGGAACGGAGCGCCAGCGGCGCCAUCCAGGCCUUGCACGACAUCAUCCAGCGCGGAACUUACGAGAACUUUCCAGACGUCCUGCUGGCCGGCAGCGCCAUCAAGAACCUUCUGCAGCACUCGCCGACGAUUUCCAUCACCUCGCGCCCUUCACACGCGCACAGCAUCUCCAAAUCGAUGAUCACCAACGCUUCGUUCCGCACCAGGAAGCUGCCUGACGACAUCCCGAUUCAGGACGACCAGCAGCCGACUGACGCCCCCUUGGACUCCAUCACAGAGGAGCAGGAGGAUACCGAAAAGGUGAAGAACAAGACGGUGAGCGCGCUGAAGCACCUGCCGAAGCUGCCGGGGCUUACGAAGAAGCACAAGGACAAGACCAAAGGCGCCGUCCAGAUCGAUCAGGCGGGCACCGAGCUCAACUCCGCCCCCGAUGGCGUCUUCGACGCCACCCUCAAUGAAUCCAACUACAGUUCGGUGCAUGUGAGCGCUGUCUAGAGUACUUAAGGGAGUAAUUAAAGGUGGGAGAUCUUAACUGAGCAUUACUUUAUUGUGAUAUGUAUAGUUUAGAGUAAUUUCCAAUGUAUAACGAGUACAAAAAGCCAUCUUUCUCAACAGGAGCGCGUUAACUGUUACUAAUCUAUGUGUUUAUCGGUGUUAGGCUUAAGGGCGGGAUUUGUUGUAUCGUUGAAUAAAACAACCCUUAAACGAG